AUAAAAAAGGAAUGAAAGAAACAGAGCGUGAGCACUGGAAGGGGGAAGGAAGGAAUCUAUGCUGCUAGAAAGGUGGAAAGACUGUCACUUCCCAGUUCCCAUAUUAGAGAGCAACGAAUCCAUUGCCACCCAUUAGCUAGAAGACGCUUCUGAGAGAUCCUUUUUUCCUCUCCCUGCAGAUAUGCCCUGCGUGCAAGCCCAGUAUAGCCCUUCGCCGCCAGGUUCCAGCUAUGCAGCACAAACAUACGGCUCGGAUUACACCACGGAGAUCAUGAAUCCUGACUACGCCAAGCUGACCGUGGACCUUGGCAGUACAGAGAUCACCGCCACGGCCACCACGGCCCUGCCCAGCUUCAGCACCUUCAUGGAGGGCUACUCCGGCAGCUACGAACUCAAGCCCUCCUGCCUCUACCAAAUGCAGCCGUCGGGGCCACGGCCGCUGGUUAAGAUGGAGGAGGGUCGCGCGCACGGUUACCACCAUCAUCACCAUGAGCAUCACCACCACCAGCAGCAGCAGCCAUCCAUUCCGCCCCCCUCCGGGCCGGAGGACGAGGUGCUACCCAGCACCUCCAUGUACUUCAAGCAGUCCCCACCGUCCACCCCCACCACGCCGGGCUUCCCCGCGCAGGCGGGGGCGAUGUGGGACGACGCAAUGCCCUCGGCGCCCGGCUGCAUGGCGCCCGGACCGCUGCGUGCCGCGCUCGAGGGCCACCCCUACGGGCUGCCGCUGGCCAAGAGGGCGUCCGCCCUGGCCUUCCCGCCGCUGGGCCUCACGGCCUCCCCCACCGCGUCCAGCCUCCUGGGCGAGAGCCCCAGCUUGCCGUCGCCGCCCAGCAGGAGCUCGGCCUCGGGCGAGGGCACGUGCGCCGUGUGCGGGGACAACGCCGCCUGCCAGCACUACGGCGUGCGCACCUGCGAGGGCUGCAAGGGCUUCUUCAAGAGAACAGUGCAGAAAAAUGCAAAAUAUGUUUGCCUGGCAAAUAAAAACUGCCCCGUAGACAAGAGACGUCGAAACCGAUGUCAGUACUGUCGAUUUCAGAAGUGUCUCAGUGUCGGAAUGGUUAAAGAAGUUGUCCGUACAGACAGUCUGAAAGGGAGGAGAGGUCGGCUGCCUUCCAAACCAAAGAGCCCAUUACAGCAGGAAGCCUCUCAGCCCUCUCCACCUUCUCCUCCGAUCUGUAUGAUGAAUGCCCUUGUCCGAGCUUUAACAGACUCAACGCCCAGAGAUCUUGAUUAUUCCAGAUACUGUCCCACUGACCAGGCUGCCGCAGGCACGGACGCUGAGCAUGUGCAGCAGUUCUACAACCUUCUAACAGCCUCCAUUGAUGUAUCCAGAAGCUGGGCAGAGAAGAUUCCCGGAUUCACUGAUCUCCCCAAAGAAGAUCAGACAUUACUUAUAGAAUCAGCCUUUUUGGAGCUGUUUGUUCUCAGACUUUCCAUCAGGUCAAACACUGCUGAAGAUAAGUUUGUGUUCUGCAACGGACUUGUCCUGCAUCGACUUCAGUGCCUUCGUGGAUUUGGGGAGUGGCUCGACUCCAUUAAAGACUUUUCCUUAAGUUUGCAGAGCCUGAACCUUGAUAUCCAAGCCUUAGCCUGCCUGUCAGCACUGAGCAUGGUCACAGAACGACAUGGGUUAAAAGAACCAAAGAGAGCGGAGGAGCUACGCAACAAGAUCACCAGCAGCUUGAAGGAGCACCAGAGUCAGGGGCAGGCUUUGGAGCCCACGGAGCCCAAGGUCCUGCGUGCCCUGGUGGAGCUGCGGAAGAUCUGCACCCUGGGCCUCCAGCGCAUCUUCUACCUGAAGCUGGAAGACUUGGUGUCCCCACCUUCCAUCAUCGACAAGCUCUUCCUGGACACCCUGCCUUUCUGAGCAGGAGCAGCCUCAUCUGCUAGCAGCCGCUUGCUAAGGAGCAGAGGGAGGGGGUCUGGACACCUACCAUUUUCUGUCCUUCCUUAAGAGAGAAAGCAAGCUCCUGUCGAAAUGAAAGACUUUUUUUUUUUCUGGCACUUUUCCUUACAUCUGAAAGCCAGAAAACUCGCAGAGUAUUGUGUUGGGGUUGUGUUUUAUAUUUAGGUUUUGGGCUUGGGGUGGGAGGAGGGUAUAGUUCAUGAGGGUUUUCUAAGAAAUUGCUAACAAAGCACUUUUGGACAAUGCUAUCCCAGCAAAAAAAAAAAAAGGAUAAUAUAACUGUUUUAAAACUCUUUUUGGGGAAUACAAUUAUAGUUGGUUCGUAUUUAAAAACAAGAACAGCCGAGGGUUGUUCGCCCGGGUAGGAGGUGUCUUGAGACUGAUCCCUUUAGAGUACACUUUUUGUAUCAAGGGUACGUAUGUGGUGCAAAACAAAGCAGAAAUUUUCUCUUCUUAGUUUCUUCUUCCUUUGUUUUAUUUUAAGAAAUGGUGAAAGAUGGAGGAUUACCUAUACAUCAGACAUAGCGAAACGGUAAUGGCUGUUCACUUCCAUAUACAAGUGCAAUUUUAAAAGUGCUGUCUUACUAAGUCUUGUUUAUUAACUCUCCUUUAUUUUGUAUGGAAAUAAAAAGGAGGCAGCCGUGUUAGCGAAUGACACAUGCUAAUUUCCCUAGCAGGGGCUCUGUCCACCUGCCCUGUGCAGCCCUUCUGAGGCGUGGUCCAUCCAAGACUUCAGGCCGUUGCUGCCCUGACUGUCCAGCUGCUCUGAAGAGGGCUCGGGUGAUAAGCCGGAUUGCCACACAGCUUCUUUUUUGUCAUGUUUUGUGAAUCCUGCCAGAGUUCCCUAAACUUGCUUCAGUUGUAGAAACUGACUCGCAUUCAUUCAGAAGCCCCAGGAGCAUUCAGUAAGUUUCAAGUAUUUGAACCCUAGAUGAGAACAUGCAAAUAAGUAGAAAUGGAUCAUACAGGGUAAGCACCAGGGAUAAUAAAGUUUUUUAAAGUAUAUAUAAUUUAAUUUUUGUUAUUGGUUAAUGAGACAAUUUUGGAGAACAGGCAAGUCUUAUUAUAAAAAAAAUAGUGUGAAUGUAAGUACUAGAAAGAAUUAGUGGGCUGCGUUUCAACAUUCCGUGUUCGUACUCCCUUUUGUAUGUUUAUACUGUUAAUGCCAUAUUAUUAAGAGAUAAUUUGUUGCAUAGUGUCCUUAUUUGUAUAAACAUUUGUAUGCACGUUAUAUUGUAAUAGCUUUGCCUGUAUUUAUUGCAAGACCACCAGCUCCUGGAAGCUGAGUUACAGAGUACUUAAAUGGGCUGUUCACAGUGAACUUGGAUACACCACUUAGAAAUUAAAUAAGCAAAUAUAUAUAUAAAUAUAGCAGGUUACAUAUAUAUUUAUAAUGUGUCUUUUUAUUAGCCGUUUGUAAAAUGAAUGUUUCUUUCCGUGUGGUUAUUUUAUGGUUCAUUUGCAGUGAUUUUUAAGGCAGUACUGUUUAGCACUUUGAUAUUAAAAUUUUGCUUAUGUUUUGCUAAAUUCAAAUAAUGUUUGAAGAUUUUUAGGUCUAAAAGUAACUUUAUAUUAUAUAUAUACUCUGUAUCAAGUCAAAAUAUCUUUGGCCAUUUUGCUAAGAAACAAAGUCUGAAUGUCAAACUGAUGUCAUAGUAGUUUUUGUUAGCUUUAAACCAUUUUUGCUUUGGUCUUUUUAAAGGAAACAUGACAAAACUAUGCUGUUUAUAUUGUCAUUAAAUUAUACAAUCAAACAAAUGCCAAAUGAUUGCCUAAUUGCUGCAAAGGAGAGCCCAGAUAGCUAAUCAUAUAUGUUUUUUUCCAAGUGUCAUUCUGAUAUUUGAUCUUGUAUUAUGUUUGUGUGAGCUUUUGUGAGAGAUUAUUUUUAUAUUAAUAUCGAGAUGAUAGGAUCUGGAAUGUUAGGAUCUUGGAAUGUUAGAAGGGGCCUGACUUGUCAACUAGUCCACCCCUCCCUGAAAUUCAUAGAGAAGAGAACUGGGGCCCAGCAAAAGGCAGAGCUACGCAAGAUCAAACAGCUGGUAACAAAAUCAAGACUAGGACCUAAUUCUUCUUUCCAUGGUCUUCUUACUUAAUUUACUGCAUCUGCAGGAAAACAGGCUUUUAAAAAUAACCACUAAUACUUACAUUUUACCACGAGUCAAGUCGUACUUUUGCAGUAAUUGUUUGAGUUUAUAUGCAGACGUAAUAGACAUUACUAAAUAUCAGGAAAGCUGACAUUUCAUACAAGGUAGCUUCAGACCAAAUUCAAGCUGAAUUUGAAUAAAUUAGAAAUGCUGUGCAUACGUGUAGCCCUUUUGUGCACUGUUCGUCUUAGAAUGUUAAUCCUUGUUUUCUGUCAUGUCUCUAAAGGAGAAACAAAACAGAAAACCAGAGCCCUGGAGAAAUGCUGUCACUUGUUAUUGUUACACCCAUUAGAUUUAAGGAAAAGACUUUUUAGUCAAUACUGAUUGGUUGGAAGGGAUGAAGAAGGUUUUUAGUUAUAGGUCCAGACACUAGUGCUGAAAAUAAAGAGCGCAGCCAGUGUUCCUCUGUCUUCCAUAGUUACUACGACUAUGAGAGCCCCCCAGGCCCCCAGCAAGUCUUCUAUCAGUUCAGCUCUCUUUUUUUUUUUUUUUUGGUCUCAAUGUUGACACACAAGUUUAUACGGAGUGGUUGACUGAACUAGCUCAGAAGAAGACGGCAAAGAAGUUAAGCAGGUGACCUUCCCUUGUGGAGAGCUCUCUCAGUGCUAAUAUGCCUUCUGUGGGCAGAAAUCAGGAAUCCACCAGCUGUUAAUGGAGAGUGCCUUGCUUCCAUUUCAGACGGCAGAGUUUUCCAAAGUUUCUCUGCUCCUCUUUCAGCAUUGCUCUUUACUGGGUGUUAACCUUGUGUUUGAAAGAAAUGCUCUUGUACAUUAACAAUGUAAAUUUAAAUGAUUAAAUUAAAUUACAUUUUAUCAAUGGCUA